AUGGAGAUAGACGAAGAAAAUGCAGUGUCGAGUUCAGCUGAAGAACCUUCUGUGGUAGUUGCUGAUGAUCAACCCAUGGUUUCUGCUAUGGACUCUAUUUCUCUUCAACCACUUCAAUCUCUCACUCCAUCAGUAAUACUACCUCCAAUCGUGCCUACUAUUGCUCCCAUACCCUCGAUUUCUCGCCCAUUGGCGCCUCUCCCUCCCCGCCCACCUCUUCUCCGGCCACAAAACGGUGAAUUAAAGGCCAGUGAUUCCGAUUCCGACGAUGAUGAAACGGGUCCCAAUCGAGCUUCAGCCCCAGAGUACGAGGUCUCGGAAGAGAGCAGGCUGAUUAAAGAGAGACAGGAGAAAGCAAUGCAGGAAUUUUUGAUGAAGCGGCGCGCUGCUGCUCUCGCUGUGCCUACAAAUGACAUGGCUGUGAGGGCUCGGCUUCGUCGCCUUGGUGAACCCAUAACUUUGUUUGGAGAGAGGGAGAUGGAGAGGCGGGACCGUUUGCGAAUGCUUAUGGCAAAGCUUGAUGCUGAAGGGCAGCUGGAAAUGUUAAUGAAAGCUCAUGAGGAGGAAGAAGCUGCUGGUCCUUUGGCACAAGCAGAAGGAACUGAGGAAGAGAUUCAGUACCCUUUUUAUACAGAAGGGUCGGAAGCUCUUUUAGAGGCAAGAAAAGAGAUUGCUAAGUAUUCUAUUGUGAGGGCAGCUCUGCGUCUUCAUCGUGCUAGAAGGAAAAAAGAUGAUCCAGAUGAAGACUUGGAUGCAGAGGUGGAUUGGGCAUUGAAGCAGGCCGGGAGCCUGGCCAUGGAUUGCAGUGAAAUCGGGGAUGAUCGGCCACUUUCAGGAUGUUCUUUUUCAAAAGAUGGAACAAUGCUUGCUACCUGUGCAUUAAAUGGAGUUGCAAAGUUGUGGAGCAUGCCUCAAGUAAAGAAGGUUUCUACUUUAAAGGGGCACACAGAACGUGGUACUGAUGUUGCAUUUUCUCCUAUGGACAAUUAUAUAGCUACUGCCUCUGCUGACCGGACAGCAAGGUUAUGGAAUUCUGAAGGGUCUCUUCUGAAGACAUUUGAAGGGCAUUUGGAUCGUCUUGCUCGUAUUGCCUUCCAUCCAUCAGGGAAGUAUUUAGGCACAACUAGCUUUGACAAGACUUGGAGAUUAUGGGAUGUAGAGACUGGUGAAGAAUUGCUACUCCAAGAAGGUCACAGUAGAAGCGUAUAUGGGAUUUCUUUUCACCAUGAUGGUUCUUUAGCUGCAUCUUGUGGGCUUGAUGCACUUGCUCGUGUAUGGGACCUACGGUCUGGGAGAAGUAUUCUUGCCUUGGAAGGUCAUGUUAAGCCGGUUCUUGCUGUUAGUUUUUCUCCCAAUGGCUAUCAUUUAGCCACGGGUGGUGAAGAUAAUACCUGUCGAAUUUGGGACUUAAGGAAGAAAAAAUCCUUAUAUACAAUACCAGCUCACUCGAAUCUUAUUUCUCAAGUUAAAUUUGAGCCCCAAGAAGGAUACUUUCUGGUAACUGCUUCAUAUGAUACGACAGCCAAGGUAUGGUCAUCAAGGGACUUCAAGCCUGUCAAAACAUUGUCUGGUCAUGAAGCUAAAGUUACAGCAUUGGAUGUAGUAGGAGAUAGCAGUUGUGGGCAUCCAUGA